AUGGCGAGUGAAUAUCGUCAAGAUCCUUGGGAACAACGGCAGCCAGGAAUAUGGGAUGGGCACACAUCAGCUUUUCCAGCUGCAUACGAUAUUCCACGCAGUGGGGAAGAAGAGUGGCCCGCCGACUUUCAAGCUAUGAAUCCAUGUUGCGCAACAGGUGUGAGACACGACGAAAUCGUCCAUGGUCUAACUGCUCCUAUCACAGUGCCGGAUCAGGAUUUUUUUUCUCGGACUGACGUCCAUCAUGGUAUCCAUAGAGACCAGUACACGUCACACCUAAGGCGAUUCGAUAUCGACAGGUACACUUUUGGAACAGAAUCAAUGUCGGAGAGGCUGCAUAAGCCCUAUGAAUCAUCGCUGAUUCCCUUUGUUCCAGGGAUUAAGGAAGAGGGCAGCUUUAGUGACGGCUCAAGGCACAGGCUCGAUUGUGCCGACACUUACACUUCGUCUGGCCAUCUGAAUGACACCGACAGUUCAUGGUCCGAUCAUAGUGAUCGCGGGUCAGAAAGGGUUCCUGUUUCAGAGUCCAUGGAAACGCCAUCUCAUCUUGUUGCCAAUCGCGCGUCUUCAACAUCUACCUAUGACAACCAUACACACUUUGGCUCAGCCAAGAGCAUAGUGGCUCAGGGCGGUUCUGUAGUCUUCGCUCAACCGAGCGAUGUAUACACGCUUGAAUGCGCAUGCGGUCUGAAACUGAAAGGUGCUCAUGCGAAAGGAAAUCUGGCCCGCCAUCAGAGGUCCAGAGGAUGCACCGCUUCCGCUGAGAGUCGACGAGUCCAAUGUCCAGAGUGUCCCCAGGUCUUCUGGCGAUCUGAUGCACUUCUCAAUCACCGACGUAAGAAGCAUGAAGUGGCCCCUUGUCGACCAAGUCGGCCCCGGCGUCAGAAUGGGACAUUUCUUGAUCGGAUGCCCUGAGAUAACAUGGU